UGGGAAGAAACAGCCCGUUGUUCGCACCCGCCCCUCUGACCCGCCGCCCAGGGCAUUGUUUUCUAUUCGCCCGGGUCGCUGGUGGGAGGCGAGGAACGCCGGGGUUCAGAAGCCUGGCUCUCGGCCAGGCCAGUGGCCUUCGGCCCCGGGACACGGGAGGCCGCGCCUGGGAGGCGGGAGGAGAGACGCCCGGGUCCGCGGCUCCAGCUCGGCCAUGGGCUCCCGCAGUUCCCACGCCGCGAGGAUCCCCGACGUGGACGACAUCCGGCGCGAGACCGGCUUCUCGCAAGCCUGUCUGCUCCGCCUCUACCACCGCUUCUGCGCGCUGGACAGGAACAAGAAGGGCUACCUGAGCCGAGUGGAUCUUCAGCAGAUCGGGGCGUUGGCCGUCAACCCCCUGGGGGACCGCAUUAUAGACAGCUUCUUUCCGGAGGGGAGCCUGAAAGUGGAUUUCGCAGACUUUGUCAGGGUCUUGGCUCAUUUCCGACCUGUAGAUGAGGAGUACAUGGGAAGCCGGGACCCCAAGGAACCUGAACCCCUCAACAGCAGAAUGAACAAACUUCGCUUUGCAUUUCGACUCUACGACCAGGAUAGAGAUGGAAAGAUCUCCAGGCAGGAGAUGCUACAGGUCCUCCGGCUGAUGGUUGGGGUUCAGGUAACAGAGGAGCAGCUGGAGAGUAUCACCGACCGUACGGUGCAAGAGGCUGAUGAAGACGGGGAUGGGGCUGUGUCCUUCCUGGAGUUUGCCAAGUCCUUAGAGAAGAUGAACAUAGAACAGAAAAUGAGCAUCCGCAUCCUGAAGUGACCCUCCUUGUGCCUAUGGCUGCGAUCUGCAGACUAGACCUUGGGAUUCACCCUCAGCCCCCAUGGAGGCAGGCCCCAAUAAACUGUAUUAAAGAAUCCCUUCCCAACUGAGAUUGAAAAAUGCAAAAAAUGAUGUAAAAACAAAAAAGAAUCCCUUCCAUGCCUUUAUUUUUUUCUCUUUAUUUUUUUUAAAAAUUGAUGUUUCAUGCUUGUAACAUUCUAGGUGUUUGGUUGUACAGCAUUAUGAUUCAUAUGUCAAUAGUGUGUAUAUACUACAGCAUGAACAACUGCGUUUUGUUUUGUUUUGUUU